CAAGAUGCAAAAAGAUUUGCUCUCUUAUCUUCUCUACUUAAUUAAUAAUGCGAGAGUAGCCACCGUCAUUUUGUGAAGAAGACUUCAGUCUCUCCCCACUGCGGCUACACGUUAAACAUACCCGCUCUCUCUCACUGCCAACUGUUCACAGAAGCCCCACAACCAAACACUCAUCUUCUCUCAGUGCUCCAAAGCCUCUCAACUCUCAGACCUUUGACUCAAGCUAGCUAGCUCUAACAAUGGCAGCUCCCCUUGCUCGCCUCAAGCUCCUCCUCGCUCUCCUCAUCUUCUUCCUCUCAAUCUUCAUCUCAAACUCCCAACAACUCCACUACUCAGAAGUGAGUGCUCUUCGACGAAUAGCGAAGGCAAUUGGCAAGACCAACUGGGACUUCAAUGUUGAUCCCUGCACCGGAGGAAGCUGGACUGUGCCGGACCCGGUUAAGGGACCUGGGAGUGCUGUUGUCUGCGAUUGCUCCUUUGCCAAUGGCUCCGAAUGCCAUAUCAUUAGCUUGUCCAUAAAAGGGGAGAAUCUUUCUGGCGUGCUGCCGUGGCAGUUCAUAAGGCUGAAGCAUCUGCAGCAGCUAGAUCUUAGCCGGAAUGUUAUCAACGGUACAGUUCCGAGCGAGUGGAGCAAUUUGACGCUAAUUGGCCUGCAUUUGAUGGGGAAUCGCUUAUCUGGGCCUUUCCCGGAAGCGCUCACCAGUAUCACGACGUUGAAAAAUCUGAGCAUCGAGGGGAACAGAUUCUCCGGGCCGAUCCCUGCCGGAAUUGGAAAACUGGUUAACUUGGAAGCCCUCUCCUUAUCAGCCAACGAGUUCAGUGGAAAGCUUCCUUCAGCUCUCUCCAAGCUGACCAAUUUGAUUGAUCUGAGGAUUUCUAGCAAUAAUUUCUCUGGAAAGAUACCAGAUUUCGUAAUGAGUUUGAACCAGUUGAAGAAACUGCACAUUCAGGGUUCUUCAAUGGAGGGGCCCAUCCCUUCUGCUAUUUCACAGCUGGCAAAUUUGACUGAUUUGAGGAUUAGUGAUCUAAGAGGUAAAGGGUCAGUCAUGUCAGAUUUGAGUGGAAUGAAAUCCUUGAGAACAAUGAUGCUGAGGAACUGCUCUAUUCAUGGAAAUAUACCAUCUUAUAUUGGAAAUAUGAAGACAUUGAAGUACUUGGAUCUCAGCUUUAACAAUCUGACAGGAGAAAUUCCAAGUACUUUCUCAAAUCUAGGAAAGGCUGAUUUCAUAUAUCUGACAGGCAAUAUGCUUACUGGGACUAUACCCAACUGGAUAUUGAAAAGGAACAAAAACGUGGAUAUCUCCUACAAUAAUUUUGAAAUGGAUAACUCAAGUCCUACAGAAUGCCUUCAAGGGAGUGUUAACAUGGCGGAAAGCUACUCUCCAGCAGUGGAUAUAUCUACUGUUCCUUCAUGUCUAAAGAGGACUUUCCCUUGCAACGAUCAUAAACAAUACCGAUAUUCGUUGCACAUUAAUUGCGGGGGUAAAAGUACAGUUGUUAAUGGGACAAGAUAUGAACAAGAUACAGAGGAGAGAGGUGCUUCAAUGCUGUUCCUAGGUUCAGGUUGGGGAUUUAGCAGCACUGGCAACUUCAUGGAUAAUGAUAUUGACUCUGACAACUACAUUGCUUCAAAUGCAUCUAUCUCCAUGCCCAACUCGCAGCUCUACAAAAAUGCACGGCUUUCUGCUAUUUCCCUUACAUAUUAUGGCCUUUGUAUGCUGAACGGGAAUUACACUGUGAAACUACAUUUUGCAGAAAUAAUUUUCACAGAUGACAAUACAUUCUCAAGCCUCGGGCAGCGUUUAUUCAAUGUUUAUAUUCAGGUAAUUAACCUCUUCAAUAUUGCUGAUGCAGCUGGCGGAGCAGGAAAGCCAAUUAUAAAAGCUUUUACUGCAUUAAUCACAAGUAAUACAUUGGAGAUCAAAUUUUAUUGGGCUGGAAAGGGGACAACUGCAAUCCCAACUAGAGGCAUCUAUGGUCCUCUAGUAUCAGCUAUCUCUGUAACACCAGACUUUGAACCUCCUCAAGCCACUGACCAUGGUAUCAAAAAAUCACACAUCGCAAUCAUGAUAUGGACCUUAAGUGCAUUUUUGAUCCUCCUUAUUCUGUCUGUGGCAAUUUUUUGGGGCAAAAGGUUGCAAGGACACAGUUCCGUAUACAGAGAUCUCGAAGGUCUUGAUCUGCAAACUGGCUCUUUCACCUUGCGGCAAAUUAAAGCAGCAACCAGAAACUUUGAUGCUGCAAAUAAGAUUGGUGAAGGUGGUUUUGGUUCAGUUUACAAGGGCAUGUUAUCCGAUGGCACUAUAAUUGCUGUGAAGCAGCUUUCAUCAAGAUCUAAGCAAGGGAGCCGUGAAUUUGUGAAUGAAAUAGGCAUGAUAUCUGCUCUGCAACAUCCAAAUCUCGUGAAGCUUUAUGGAUGCUGCACAGAAGGCAACCAAUUAUUGCUAGUUUAUGAAUACAUGGAAAAUAAUUGUCUUUCUCGUGCCCUUUUUGGCAAGGAUCUGGAAUCAAGAAUGAAACUGAAUUGGGCUACAAGACGCAAGAUUUGCCUUGGCAUAGCUAGAGGUCUUGCCUAUCUUCAUGAAGAAUCCAGACUGAAAAUUGUCCACAGAGAUAUUAAGGCUAGCAAUGUUUUGCUUGAUGGAGAUCGCAAUGCCAAAAUAUCAGACUUUGGCCUGGCUAAGCUCAAUGAAGAUGACCGAAGUCACAUUAGCACUCGAGUAGCUGGAACAAUAGGUUACAUGGCUCCGGAAUAUGCAAUGCGAGGUUAUUUAACUGAUAAAGCAGAUGUAUACAGCUUUGGAGUAGUUGCUUUAGAAAUCGUAAGUGGAAAGAGCAACACAAAUUAUCGACCAAAGGAAGAAUUCGUCUAUCUCCUUGACUGGGCUUGUGUUCUUCAAGAACAAGGGACUCUUCUCGAGCUAGUGGAUCCAGAACUAGGAUCAAAUUACUCUGAGGAAGAAGCUAUGAUAAUGUUGAAUGUGGCUCUUUUGUGCACAAAUGCAUCUCCAACACUUAGACCUUCAAUGUCCAAAGUAGUGAGCUUGUUGGAAGGACAUGCACCCCUUCGACCCUUACUCUCUUCCUUGAGCUUUUCAGCAAAUGGUUUCAGCAGUAAUGGAGUACGGCGAAAUUUUUGGCAAAACCCUAGUCAGAGCCAAACCAUGUCUCUAGAUGAGUUGGCUACUCAGUCCUCUGGUCAUACGUUGGUUCAAGAAGAAUGGUGAUGCUUGUAAUCAACUCCUAAAAGCUUCGGUUAAUAAUAAAAGUUGAAUGUAAUUGUGAUUGUGUUGUGCGUCAUGUUUGAGUAAGUGUAUAUAUUCGGGGUACUAUGUAACUGUUUAUAAAUAAAUUGGUCUUUUGUGAUCA